CCCGCCCUUCUCUUCCUAGGUUAAAUUUGUAGAGUAGAAGCAAAAGAGGGAAGGGGAUGGGAAGAGAAAGAACCCAAAAAGGAAGAGGGAAAAUUGGAAGUGUUCCUUCCGAUUCAGUGUUUUAUCGAUUAAAAUUGUGUAAUAUGUAGAGCAGAUUCAUGGGUCGAAGUUCUGGUGCGUUCAUUUCUUCACUCAAUUCUCGAUUUGGGUGCUUGUUUUUGCUGCAAUUCUUCCUCAUAAUUGGUGGUAGUGAAUGCUAGGGAAAGGGAUUGAGAAGAUGGGGAACACCCUUCUGCUCAAUUGAAUUAUGAGAACACGAACAAGUGUGGUGAACCAAUACUUGAGUAUUCUGUGGGUUUUGUUGAUACUCAUCUUGUGGCUUUCGUCUCCCCAGUAGAGGCUUAAAGGUCAUAAUACAAUGAAUGAUGAGGAAGUGUUGAACACACCAAGGACAUCUGUGAAGUUCUCUUGGAACCAUGGUGGCAAGCAAGUGGCUAUCAUUGGGUCGUGGGAUAACUGGGAGACAAGGGAGAUCUUGCAGAGCAUAGGGAAAGAUUUUAUCGUCGUCAAAACGCUACCCUCGGGGAUCUACCAUUACCGAUUCAUUGUUGAUGGAUGGUUGACACAUGCUCCUGAUUUGCCAUGGGUUUGUGAUGAUUCAGGAAAUUCUUACAAUAUUCUUGACUUGAUGACACCUGUCUCGGAAUUGCCCGAAAGUCUGUCCGAGUUUGAAUUUCCUCCAUCCCCACCAUCUACUUACGACAACGAAUACUUCAACGACGAUGAUUUCAGUAGGCCUCCACCGGAUCUACCACCACAACUGCAAGAGACUAUUUUGAACGAAUCAUCUCGCUGCAUAAGUGGUCAGCAGUCUGGCGUGCAGCCUCGACACACCGAGUUAAAUCAUUUAUACCAAAAUAACGUUGGAGCUUGCCUUAAAGAUGACUUUGAGGAAAGAGAUGAGACUCUCUACCCGUCGUUACACGUGAGAGAGGUAUUGACAACAGGCACAACAGUUCUUGCUCCAACAGGAUCGAGAAAACAGCUUGGUGUAUUGAAAUGGGAAUGGAAUAGAAUCCAAACUCAUAUGAGCUGACAGAC